AUGCGUGGAUUAACUGUACUCUCGUCGCUCCUCUUCCUCUCAACCAUCGGCUCGACGGCCAAAGAGCUCCGUUUCCCGUUGACCAAUAACGAGCAAGUGACCCUGGACGAGCUGAACUCGAUCCGUUCGUUGAUUGGCAACGGACACAUCGGACGAGUUCUGAAAGUGAUCAAGAGCAUCAAAGGCGUCGGCGAAGCGGCACUCUCUUUUCUGACCGGACACGGAGAGAAGGCGUUGGACGAGUUGAAGCAGAUGGGCGGUGAACUCGCCGAGAAUUUGAAGGUGGACUUGGAUGCGAAGACGCGUGGAUGGGGAAGUUUCGCCGUCAACACGAGCACCGCGCUUUUGGACGUGGCCGACGUGAGCGACAUUGCGAAUUCCGGACAACGUGAGCGCUUUGAGAGCGUUUCCGGCGACACACCGCUUCAGAAUUUCAGAAGUUAUAAGUCAAGGCACCGGACAGGUUCAGCAGACCAUCAGUGGAGCAGGAAGUCAAAUAAGUGGUUCAAUUAAUACGGGAAUAAAGAGUAUUCCAAUUCCGUUCGGAAGAAAAAAGCGAAAUAUUGUGAAUCAGGCGUGGGAUACGGUACAAACAGUCACCGGCGCGUUCAACAUUAAAAUUCCCGACAACGUGCUGGGACCAGCGGCCAACAUGGAGAUGUUGGUAUGAAAUUAACUUUUUGCAAAGUGCUCUCGGAUCAUGUGUAUACUCUUUUAGAGGUGGAACCGACGAUUGGCCCAACUCGCGAUGCUGAACAUCAAAGAAUUCGAGGCGGGAGUGCGAGAAGUCGAGUACCAGGGUCGAAAGUAUAAAAUGUUCGAGCAUGGAAGUCUGGCCGAGUACAUAAUCGCCAACUUUCUCGGCAAAACCAUCGCUCAAAUGUUUUCGACGGUUCAGAUCGGGUUUGUGGCGGUCAAACUUGUGCUCGGCGGGGUAGACGCGCCGAUUGCCAACGAGAAGGAGGUGGAGAAUAAGAUUUAUGAGGUACGCGCGUUGAAAACCAGAAUUCUUGAGUUUUUCUCUAAAUCAACACUCCAAUUUUGUUCUUUGCAAACCGUAGAGCGAUUGUCUGAGUUAAAAGCAUCGAUUUAAGCGCGAAACGGAGCAAAUUUGAAUCAGAAUUGACCAAAUUGAGGGAUUUUGUCGAAAACUACUGAAAAAAAACGGAGUUUUAACGAUUAUUUGCCGAAUCGAGUUCGGACACUGGCAUUCGAACCGUCCAGUCAACAAGGAGUUUAUUGCGCAUCUUUUAAGCGCUCAACCGUCGAAAAAUAUACAGAAUUGAGAUAAUUGAGGCAAAUUUUCGAUUCCAAAAAGAAAAAAUUCUGUAAUUUUCACAUAAAUGACGAAGCAGUUAAAAUUUUAUUUUUUUUAUUCAUUUCUAAUCAUUAUCAUAAGUUUUGACACUGAUUGGUUCUGAAAAGAUGAGGAUAAUGCAAAAAAAGGGAAAAUUGAAAUGAGAAACUCUACAACGACGCUCCGGAAUUACGCGUUACUUGUUUAGCGCACGUCAAUUGCGCCAAGGGGACGGGCUCCGUGCGCCUGACCUAACCUACCAAAAACAUAUUUUCUAGGCCAUAUUCGCGGACCGCAAAGAGUUGGGAUGUCUGGUGACCGCUGGUGCAUCGUUCUGUAUCAUCGGACCCAUGUAAGCUGGCCUAUAAACACACACACACACACACAAAUCAAUUGGAAUUCCAGUGGCGCCCGUGUCGGACAGUUCUACGAGAGCGGCGAGACGUGUACAAAGUGCAAGACGCCGUGCAUUCAGGGAAUGUGCCGCCCGCCGACAGACUAUUCGCUCCGCGACAAAUUUGCCGGGAAAUUGAGACCGAACGCGGACAAAUUCAAUGAAGUCGUCGAGGACCGAGCUAUGAAUCGAACCUUUUUCAUGUCCACGCUAUUUGUUUUCGUUUUCGCUUUUCUCGGUUUCAAUAUGUCCCAAUGA